GGCCUCAAUCAUGGGGUCUGUAAUAAUUAGUGGUUAGGGGCCGUUUCCUCGCGAAGCCUUGACUUCCCGAGUAGGAAAUCUCAGGCCAUCCAACAACAUGCAGUCACAGAGGCGCGCCGCUCUGUUGGUCACGAGAUCGUAUGCCAGAUAAUAUGUCCCUCAGGAAACCCCGCUUUGGCCAACAUCCCAUAUGCGUUUACAGCAGAGCCUUAGUGAAUGAUCAAAUAAAUAACCGUCAAUCUGCAUCUCCAAGAUAACAGGAACUGCCCUAGCUGACCUUCUUAUACGCUGUCUUCGAAAUCGAGAAACAUACACGGGCUAUGAAGAUGCCUUUAGGCUUAGAUCAAUCGCCAUCACAAGACGAUUACUCGACCACGAGUUCAGACGACACAGUUCAGUUCACCGACAUAGGCUCUGAUGCCGGUAAUCGUGGCCCGAGCGAACGCAUCCUUAUCCAGCCUCCGGUGACAAUCAAUGUGUUUGGUGCUGGCGCAGUAACUACAGGGGGAUCUGACACGGGGCAUACUGCUGCUACCACCAUCAGUAGUACUGGCACAUCCGGUAGCAGUGAUGCCGUCAUUUCGCGCCUGGAGAGCCAAAUCGCAGCUCUAUCAGACAAAGUCGAGCAGCUUGCUUCACAGAUUAAGUCAGCGCAGCAGCCACAGCCUAGACUUCAGGUUGACAACGGGAUGUGGCGGCGUAUGAAGGGGGCUCCACCAACACAGCGUAUCGCCUUUUCGAAGAGAUUUGAGUCGGCGCCAAGGGUCAUAGUGGGCAUAUGCAAAGCGGAUAUAGAUUGUCACAGGAACUUCAGACUCAAUGUGUAUGCAUCGGCUAUCGAUUCGGAAGGAUUCACUGUUAAUGCCCAUUAUUGGGCUGAUACGAAUCUAUUCGAAUGUGGGGUCUCAUGGGUAGCUAUAGGAAAUGCUAGGUAGGAAGGAAUAAGUCACACAGGAUACAUGUUAAACGUCGAGAAUUUGGACUUAACAGUACAUAACUCAGGACAGGGGUUUGCAGUAAAUGGGAGAGGCAUGAUAGUAUGAAUAUAAGUUGAAUAGAGUCCGUNAACCUCCACAUACGACCAUAGGUAGUGGAAAAUUCGGGGUCUCGUCUGCUCCCCCAGAGACAAGCCACUAACCGGCAGAUU